UACGUUCAAGAGAGAGAUGGGUGGUAGUGAUAGCGAAGUAGAGAAAACGGCACAAAAAGAGAAGGAGAGAAAGAAGCUAUUGGCUAUAGCCCCUAUUGCUAAACCACUCGCUGGAAAAAAACUCAGCAAACGAACCUUCAAACUCGUUAGGCGAGCUACGGAACAUAAAUGCUUGAAGAAAGGAGUUAAAGAGGUAGUGAAAAGUAUUCGUCGCGGUCAUAAAGGAUUGUGUGUUAUAGCUGGAAACAUUUCUCCUAUCGAUGUCAUUACUCACGUUCCACUCCUAUGUGAGGAAGCUGAUAUACCAUACAUUUAUGUUCCUUCAAAAGAAGAUCUUGCAAGUGCUGGAGCCACUAAGAGGCCAACUUGCUGCGUUUUGGUAUUGACAAAGCCUACUAAGGGGGAACUUGGGCAAGAAGAUCAAGAGAAACUGAAGGAAGAGUAUGAUCAAGUUGUAUCAGAAAUUCACGAAACUACUUCCUCCUUGUUUUGAUAA